AUGACGACUAUCGCCGCUCUUCUCGCGCAAAGUGCCUACGUGCAGCCGCGAAAGGGCGUGGGGUGGAGAGAAAAGGAGGGGGUCCGCGGAGGUGCGGAAGAGAUCGGGAAGGUGUUGUUCAGUCACGAGUCCAGGAUUCUCACCCCCGGAGGCAGUGCCAUCUCGCCCGGGGGCGCGGGGCCACCCGCGAGCCCAUCACCGGGAAACUAUCAUCCUCCUGCGCACAGUCCGCCCCUGGUCAAGAUUGGCGCGGUCCACGCCCACCAGCCGAACAAUAACCACCACCAGCACCAUCAGCACCUGGAGUAUCCCUUCGCCCCGACUCACCCCUAUACUAGUUACUCCGCCUAUCACCCAGCGCUGCACGGAGUUGGCGAGGAUUCCUUCGUGCGGAGGAAACAGCGUCGAAACAGGACAACUUUCACCCUUCAGCAACUGGAGGAACUCGAGUCCGCCUUUGCGCAAACUCACUACCCGGACGUCUUUACGAGGGAAGAUCUGGCCAUGAAAAUUAAUCUCACGGAAGCUAGAGUGCAGGUGUGGUUCCAAAAUCGGCGGGCGAAAUGGCGUAAGAGCGAACGACUGAAGGAGGAGCAACGCAAACGCGAGGGUGGAAACAGCGGUGGUGGCGGCAGCGGCGGCGGUGGUAGCGGCGGUGGCGGUAACGUGGAAUCCUCCGCUUUGGCCGCACCAACGUCUUCAUCGGCGGGCCCGAGUCCCACGGGAAAUGACCCGGAGGGCACCACGACGAGCAGCAGCGCCGCCGACACGGAGGACGCCGUGGCGGAAGGUGCCGGGGGCGGUGGAGGCGGCGGUGGCUCCAGGAGCCCCAGUACGACUUCCGCCUCGGUCAGUCCCCGGCCCCAGCCGAGUCAGCCGUCUCUAGGUGGCGUCUCGACGCCACCGCCGACCCCCAUAAGAGCGCCGCCGCCGCCACCGAGCACCGUGGGGGGCCUCGGACCACCCGCUGAGAGCACCACGGGGAUAGGCGCAGCCGCCGGUACUGGCACCGAUCUGCAUCGAAGUAACAGUCUGGCCGAGCUCCGAAGAAAAGCUCAGGAACACUCGACCGCCUCGGCUCUCCUCGGUGGUCUCGCCGGUUUCCCCGGAGGGCUACCCCUGCCUCUUCCCCUGCCGCUGCUGCCGCCCUUGUUGGGCCUCUCCAGGCGACCGGAGCACCAUCAUCAUCAUCACCUGCCCGGCGUGGUGCAUCAGAUACAACCCACUACCAAAGAAGAUCCCUAGGAUCGCCUCCACAAAUGCCGGAAUCGUCUCAUAAACGCAAGAUAUAAAUCUCAAAGAGAUAUUCUGCGCGUAUCGGAUGGUUGCAAAG